UUAGUAAAAAAGGAGUCAAACCGGAAAAAUGGAACCAAUCCGAACCAGGCACCUCAAACACAAACUAGAGCUUUUGCCCGUUUUGGCUUCCUUUCAGGAGAUAAAACAGCGAGAAGAGAGAACGGGGGUAGCUAUGCUACACGUGGGCUUCAUCUCCUUCUCAUCCUGCAUUCCUUCUUUUUCAAGCGGUGGUCUUGGUAGAAGAUGUGCAAGAUUCUCCUUCACUAAACUACACAGGCCUCUUGCAAUGUCAAGCUUGAGUAAUGAUCCUAUACGGGAAUGGAUCCUAUCAGAAGGAAAGGCAAAUGAGAUUACAAGAAUUAGUCCUGUUGGAGGUGGUUGCAUCAAUCUCGCUAGUCGUUAUGACACUGAUGCUGGUUCCUUUUUCGUUAAAACUAACAGGAGCGUUGAACCAUCAAUGUUUGAGGGAGAGGCUUUAGGUUUGAAUGCUAUGUACGAAACUAGAACAGUCCGUGUGCCUAAACCAUUUAAGGUCGGUCCGCUUCCAACAGGUGGUUCAUAUAUUAUCAUGGAAUUUAUAGAGUUUGGUGCUUCUAGAAGUAAUCAAUCUGUACUAGGGAGGAAGCUUGCUGAAAUGCAUAAAGCAGGGAAAUCUGAGAAUGGCUUUGGUUUUCAUGUGGACAAUACCAUUGGAAGCACUCCACAGAUUAAUACUUGGACAUCAGACUGGGUAGAAUUUUAUGCAGUGCAUAGACUGGGUUAUCAACUGAAGUUGGCAAGACAACAGUAUGGUGAUUCGACCAUAUAUGAAAGAGGACUAAGGUUGGCAAAGAAUAUACGGCCUCUUUUUGAGGGUGUAGCGAUAGAGCCUUGCUUGUUGCAUGGGGACUUAUGGAGUGGGAAUAUCACUUCUGAUAGAAAUGGAGAACCUGUCAUCCUUGAUCCAGCUUGCUACUAUGGGCAUUGUGAAGCAGAAUUUGGAAUGUCAUGGUGUGCUGGAUUUGGAGGAUCUUUCUACAAUGCUUACUUUGAGGUGAUGCCCAAGCAACCAGGUUUUGAGAAAAGGAGAGAACUGUAUCUGCUGUAUCAUUACCUUAAUCAUUACAAUUUGUUUGGCUCUAGUUAUCGAUCAUCUGCCAUGUCCAUAAUCGAUGACUAUCUGCUCAUGUUAAAAGCUUAGGCUAAAGAUUUUUUUUUCUUUUCUUUUUUAAGGCUAGGCUAAUUUAAAGAUGGUUCAAAGAUGUAUUAUUUCAGUGUAAAUUCUGUGAUCCGAUUUUGUCUGUAAAUUAUGCCCAAUAACAUCAGUUGACCAGCAUACUUAGGCCAUUGGUUUCUGUCAUGUCUGGUUGGCCUGUCCCCUCCUCCCACUACUUAAAGUUCCUCCCACUGUUUCAUAUCUGGUGAACAAUGGGCGGAGCGACAGCCAUCAAACAAAUUCUAUCCAUUUAUAUGAUCUUUUGGUUAUAUCA